GUCCCCCCCCCUGUAAUGGAUUCGGGGGGCGGGGGGUCUGACUGCAGCGUCCAGAAGGAAAACCCGUCCAGUUCUCUGCUGGAUCGAAGGAGGACAAAGAACGUGCUGCCCCGCCGGCUCCCGUGCUGCUUGGGCCUUGCUUUAGGUGCUGUUUGUCGAGCUGGGCGAGCGCGAGUUGUAGCCGAGAAAGUGACGUCCUUGGGCAAGGACUGGCACAAGUUCUGCCUGAAGUGCGAGCGCUGCAACAAGACCCUGACCCCGGGGGGCCAUGCUGAGGUAAGAGCAGGGCGGGGACGUGGCCGCGGCACGCGGGGCCUCUCCGGGCUGUUGCAGACAGAGGGACGAGCAAAAGGCCUGGCCCAGAGGCUCUCGGGAAACACGGGCGCCCGUUGCGUUCCCAUCGCCGCUCCGAAGGGCGCCAGCAGGCUGCUUUCCCCAGCCACCUCCAGUGUCACCACCUUCACCGGGGAGCCCAACAUGUGCCCACGCUGCGGCAAGAGAGUCUACUUCGGUAAGAAGGCCCCCUCCCUGGGGAAGGACUGGCACCGCCCGUGCCUGAAGUGUGAGAAAUGCAACAAGACCCUGUCGUCGGGCGGCCAUGCGGAGCAUGACGGGAAGCCCUAUUGCAACCAGCCGUGCUACGCUGCCUUGUUUGGCCCCAAAGGGUUUGGCCGGGGCGGGACCGAGAGCCACAGCUUCAAGUAACCUGCAGGGCUGCAUGGAGGGGCUUCCGGCCAGAGUCUGAGGACCACGCCCACGCCUGGACAAAUGCAGUCCCAAGUCGCUGUGUCACUGGCCUGCUAAAAGCAAUAAACGCCCUGGCGGAGUGGGGCUGGUGGCCAUGGG